AUGGCUAUGGAAGUGACGCUGCGAGUCAUCAUCAACAGUGAGGAUAUAAGGAAAAUCAUACUAAAAGACAGACCCUCAACUCUUGAUGGAUUAAUCGCACAACUACAAGAGAAGCUGAAACUUGACUACGAUUUCAAGUUGCAACAGGAAAUCAUCAAGACUGAACCCCCAGUCAAAGACCUGCUUGAAAGAUGGCCAGCACUCUUCACUGAAAGACAGGUCUACUCUGAGUUUGCUAGAAUAGCUAGCAAAAAUAUUGAAAUGGACUUUUUUGAUUCUUUGGACCGACAUGCUGCAAGACUGAUGGAAAUGUUCCAAACUAAAAAAGGUGUUGUUGGACAGAAAAUAUCAAAACUAUUGCAAAGGCAGAAUCUCGCCAAUGAUGUAACUGAGCAACGACGCGUCAUCAUCAAUGGCUUGGCAAUUAUUCUUGGAGAUGACCCCAGCGAGUUCUUCAAGACAAGUUCAGUAGGUGAAGUGAAAGAGGCCUUUCUCGGAUUUGAUGAUGUGAGUGAUUGA